CAGGUGGCAGCGUUGCCGGCUGAGACGCGCAUGCGCGGCGCCCUCGGCCUAGUGCAGGAGCGCGGCGGCGGUGGUGGCGGUGGUCAGAUGGCGGCGGAGCUGAGUGUGGAGCGGCGGCUUGAUGCCGGCGACGAAAUCGAGGACGAUGAUGAUGACGAUUUGGAUGAGUCCCUUGCGGAACGACUGUGGGGUUUGACGGAGAUGUUCCCUGAGGGAGUACGAAACGCCUCGGGGGUAGCCGCCAGCUGCUCGCUGACAUUGGCCAAGAAGCUGUACAGCUUCACUCGCUCGGCCCUGUGGGUGGGGACAACGUCCUUCAUGAUCCUGAUUCUCCCAGUAGUCUUUGAAACGGAAAAACUACAAUUGGAGCAACAACAGAUCCAGCAACAGAGACAGAUCCUACUGGGUCCGAACACAGGGAUGUCCGGAGGAAUGCCAGGAAUGCUGCCGCCACCAAUUCCAGGGAAAAUAUAAUGGACUUGACCCUCCCCUCCGAACAGGAAUUGCUGGUGGAGGAGGGAUUAAAGGAUGGACCUUGGGGAGGGAAUUUGAUAGCACCUACCGACUCGGAGUCUGCAGCCCGUCGCUGAGGAGGAUCGAGCUGGUCCAAGUCCGAUGAAUGGAACAUUGCGUCUGCUGGUUGUGGGAGGGGGAGGGUUGGGGAUAAUGAACUAAAAUCUGCUGGAUAGUUCAUGGGAGAAGGAGGAGGCAGCUCAGUGAGUGCUCCAGCCCUGUUAUUCAUAAACUGCAGUGUAAUUGUUCACGGCAUCUUUUAUCAUCAAAGUGUAUGAGUUGUUCUGCUCCAGUUGUUUCUAUGUGUUGUUGUGUUCACCAGGUUCAGCGAGGGGUGUGAGGGACACCUGUACCAGUCCUGAGCUCCAUCUGAACCAGGGGUUCCCAACCUGGCAUCUGCAGACCCCUCGGUGAAUGGUAGAGGUCCCUGGCAUGAAAGAAAAGGUUGGGAACCCCUGCUCUAAACACAAAACAAGCUCAUCCUGCAUCUGUCUGCCUUACAGUGCCAAGUAUUGCAAAGCCAAAAAAUCCUGCCAGCUGUUGCAAAGACGGGCACGUUUAGUGUCUGCAGUGACGCAUUGCUCGGGGCAGUCGGGGAAUGAGGGAGAGACUGUUGCCUGCGACUCAACACCAGCUCCAGACCAAUUAUCCACACGAUAUUGGGCGACCAGUGUGUAAGGUGAGGUGGGAAUGGGUUCACUGAGGCUGCAGGCUGAAAUAGACUGAGCAGGUUCCAACGUCAUGGCUUACACCUGACUCUGGGUGAUAGACUACGACAUGGUACAGAGGCCAGCCUGAACCUGCUGCCUGCAGAGAUGGUGACAAGUUAACACGGAGCUGUUUGAAUUGUAUUAUGGUUUAAUAAACAUCUGGUGCUGGAUUGUGAA